UGCAUUCGGGGAGACGCUUUUAACGCUAUUAACGCAAACGCUAUGAACUUCGUUCGAGGAGCCAAUAGCGCGAUAGCGAUAGCAAGCUCCCCAAACGCAGCUUUAGAAUAAAAUUGCAAUAUGGCCGAUGAUGCGAGUUGUGCGCAAGUGAUGUGAGUCAUGAUUGCAAGUAUGAAUAACAAACGAGCAAUAAAUCUUCUCGUUCACGCAGUGGAAUUAAUAGAGUCGUCAUCGUCUUCUGAUAGCGAAGAAGAGUUGGAUGCACUCACAAUCAGUAAUUUGGAAACAGUGCGUCGGAGCAGACUUCCAAAGCUAAAAAAUUAUGUAGAAGAGGUUAUUCCUAGGUGGAGAGAUAAAGAAUUUAAAUCACACUUUAGAAUAUCCAGAGUCACUUUCGAGUUUGUACUCGAAAUAAUUGCUCCGAAAUUGAGAAGAAAUUUUCCAGGGUUGGAAAUGAUUUAUCCAGAGAAGCAAUUUCUUGUCGCUAUUUGGAGAAUGGCUACUCCAGAUUCUUAUAGAUCAAUAUGCGAAAAAUUUGAUCUGAGUGUAUCAACAGCUUUGUUGGCAACACGACGAGUUACCAAGAUCCUUGCAGAUUUGGCACCAACAUUCAUCACAUGGCCAACAGGAAAUAGAUGUAACGACGUUUGGGCCAGAUUUGAAGAAAUCCGUUCUUUUCCACAAGUCAUAGGAGCUAUAGAUGGUACUCACAUCAAUAUUCCAGCUCCACGUGUUAACCCAGAGGCCUAUAUUAAUCGAAAAGGUCACCAUUCUAUUCAACUGCAGGCAAUUUGUGAUCACACGACUCGUUUCACUCACUGCUACAUUGGACAUGCUGGUUCUGUACAUGAUCAGCGUGUCUUUCGUCUCUCAGAUAUCCAAGAUGCAUUGGGCAAUGCAGAAAAAUUUCCUGACGACUGUCACUUACUUGGUGAUGCCGCAUACAAGCUUCAUGAUAAUUUGAUGGUUCCCUAUCGUGACAAUGGUCAUUUGACUGAACGACAAAAAAAUUAUAAUUUCUGUCAUUCUUCAACACGAGUUACAAUUGAAAGAGCGUUUGGUUUUUUAAAAAAUCGAUUUAGAUGUUUAUUACAUCAACUUCCUAUGAAUAGGACCGAUUUAAUUGCACAUUUUAUACUUGCCUGUUGUGUCAUGCAUAACAUUUGUAUAUUGAAAAAUGAUGAUUUUGACUUUUUUUUAUUAAAUAAUGAAGUAGACGAUGAUGUACCUCGGCAAGAUGCUGCAUAUGGUGUACAGACAGGCGUAAUCAAGAGAGACUUAAUUUGUGAAAGACUUCCAAUGAGAUAUAGAUUUUAAGAAUAAAAUAAAGGCAGUUUAAAAACAUAUCAAAGAAUAUUUUAUUUAUUUUUAAUAUAGUACUUCUCAGUUACAUAAAC